AUGGACGAUGCUGGUGAGGAUCCCACUAGAUUCACUGCCCACUCUCUGCCCAGCGACCCCCGCCUCUGGGUCCCCGUGACCAGCGCAGACCUGGGCACACGUGUGUACUGUGAUGUGAUGCAUGUGAGUGGUGUGUACAACGGGGCUAGGGGGGACACACACAGAGCCAUUCUGCCGUGUCCACUCAAUGUCUGGCUGGAGGCCCCUGGAGAGCCAGGAGAGCAGCUGACCGAGGCCUUCACUCUGGACACCAACACAGGCUCCUUUGUGCGCAUCCUGGAGUCCCCCAGCUUCCAGGCCUCCCAGCGCAUCUAUGCCCACCGCACACUGCCCCGUGUCCUGGUCUUCAGCGUGUCUAUUGCCCGCAAGGUCACUGGGACUGGACUCAUCACAGUGCAGCUUCGGGAAGCCUUGUCCCUAGAAAGCCCAGACCUGGCCCUGCACCAGGGUCCGGACUUCCAGGGAGCGCGGUAUCUGUACGGCCACACGCUCACCCCAGAGCAGCCUGGGGGGCACCUGCAGGAGGUCCACUUGCUGUGGACACCCGCGCCCGCCGCCCUGACCCUUGAGGAAGGCGAAGAUGAAGCGGCCUGGGAGUUCCUGACUGUAGUGGGGGGCAGCCAGGCGGAGGCCCGGUCCUGCCUCCAGGAGGCGCUGCGGCUGCGGGAAGGGGGCGCGCUGUUCCCUACCCACGCCCAGGCCUGGGCAGGGCUGUGGGAGGGCUGCGGCCUGGACGUGGCGGGGCCGCUGAGGCUGCGCCAGGCUCUGCGCGGCGCCCUUUAUUACCUGCUCAGUGCACUGCCCCAACCUGGGACACCAGAGUACGUCUGCCACGGCCUCAGCCCCGGCGGCCUCUCCAACGGCAGCCGUGACGAAUGCUACUGGGGCCACGUCUUCUGGGACCAGGACCUCUGGAUGUUCCCGAAUGUCCUGAUGUUCCACCCAGAGGCUGCCAGGGCCAUCUUGGAGUACCGCAUCCGCACAUUGGGUGGGGCCCUGGAGAAUGCCCACAACCUGGGCUACCAGGGGGCCAAGUUCGCUUGGGAGAGUGCUGGCUCUGGACGGGAGGUCUGUCCUGAGGACAUCUAUGGGGUCCAGGAGCUGCACAUCAAUGGGGCCGUGAUGCUGGCCUUUGAGCUCUAUUACUAUACCACCCAGGAUGUGCAGCUCUUCCGAGAGGCUGGGGGCUGGGACCUGGUCCACGCUGUCGCUGAGUUCUGGUGCAGCCGCGUGGAGUGGAGUCCUGAGGAAGAGAUGUACCACCUGACGGGAGUCAUGCCCCCUGACGAGUUCCACUCGGGGGUCAGCAACUCCGUGUACACCAACGUCCUGGUCCAGAACAGCCUGCACUUUGCUGCUGCUCUGGCCAAGGACCUGGGUCUACCUGUCCCUGACCAGUGGCUGGUGGUAGCUGACAAGAUCAAGGUGCCCUUUGACCCAGAGGGGAACUUCCACCCUGAGUUUGAGGGGUACCAGCUUGGAGAGGAGGUGAAGCAAGCGGAUGUUGUGCUCCUGGGGUUCCCCAUCCCCUUCUCCCUGAGCCCCAGUGUUCGGAGGAGAAACCUGGAGGUGUAUGAGGCCGUGACGUCCCCUCAGGGCCCUGCUAUGACCUGGAGCAUGUUUGCAGUGGGAUGGAUGGAGCUGAAGGACCCGGAGCGGGUACAGGACCUCCUCGACAGGAACUUCGCCAACAUCACUGAGCCCUUCAAGGUGUGGACAGAGAAUGCUGACGGGUCAGGUGCCGUGAACUUCCUAACAGGCAUGGGAGGCUUCCUGCAGGCUGCCCUCUUUGGGUUCACAGGAUUCCGGAUCACCAGAGCGGGUAUAACCUUUGACCCCAUGUGUUCAGCGGAGGUCUCUGGCGUUUUCAUCUCUGGCUUCUCCUACCAGGGGAGCAAGCUCAACUUCUCCUUCUCCAAGGACGUUGUGACGAUUGAGGUCACAGCCCGUGUCAGGCCCUGGGCGCCCCCGCUGGAGGUAGAGCUCAGGCCGGCACAGACUCGACUCCCCCUGCCCCCAGGUCACAAGGUCUCCUUCCCUCAGUCUGCCGGCAGGAUACAAAGGUCCAUCCUGUAG